AUGUUCACGGGUCUCAAUGCUGCCAAUCACUUCGGUCGCCCAAACUUUGAUGCAUUUUUCAGAUUUGUGCAAAGCAGACAUAAAGAUAUUCGUGAGAUUGGCGUGUUCAGCUGCGGUCCAAAUUCGAUCAACAAGGAGGUUCGCAGAUCCUGUACAGCAGCAAAUCGAAUCCGAAAUGCACCAUCGUUUUACCAUCGUUUUGAAACUUUUUAA